UACACCAGCCGGUGGCUCUAGAUUGGAACUUCCUAGGUGAUGUGAUUGUAAGUGUAGGACAUUUCGUUGUGGAUGUUACUUCGUGAACGGACUGAUGGAUUAGUGAAACGUCUUUACAGGUGGGAAGUGCAGGGAGAAGGAUAUAUACACCUGAACAGGUGAGGUAUGGCCAACUACCGGCCAAAUGUCCCUCCGUCUCCCAAUCCGUCCAUCCAGAGUGACCGCCGCAGGCCCCGACCGGACAGCGUGCGAGCAUCCCGGAACAGCCUGGCCCGACAGAGCACAGGAAGCAGUAUAUAUGGGUACCUGGUGGGAGGAAGAGAAAUUGAAGCUACAAAAAUCCUAGAUGUGCUACAGAAGGGUAUUGUCAUAUUGUCAGGAGGUCGCGACCCUCAAGGAGGACCACUCAUAACAUUCCCAGCCAAUGGGAAGCGAGGGGACUUUUCCCCUACAGACAUCGCCACAUGUCUCAAGUACCUAGCUCAGAUACCCAGUGAGGAGUACAAGAGGCGUGGCUUCAGUAUAGUAAUUGACAGUCGUGAUGGGUCCUGGUCUAAUCUAGUCACUGUUCUAGGAUGUCUCAAGCAAUCCUUGGGGGAGUACCUGAAGCAGGUGUUUGUCAUCCAGGCAGAGUAUGACCGGCGGAACAGCCUGAGGAGAGAGAGGCCCUCUGUCAACAUUGAGCCCUUGUUUGUUUCGGUGCCCAAACUACAUGAGUACAUAGACAGAGCCCAGUUGACAACUGACAUUGGAGGCUUUCUACCAUACAACCAGAAAACAUGGCUGCAGAACAGACUGGACUUGGAGCGGUUCCUACAGGAAUGUCAGGACGUGGUGCAGCAUCUGGACCAGGAGGAGGUGCGCAUCCAGCAGACUUACUCCCACCAGGACCCCCAGAUGAGCCCCAUCGAGGCCCUCCGCCAGCACCGCUACUUCCAGGAGUCUAUCAUGGUCUCUCCACAACAAGUCAUCAGCUCGGGUAAAGACCUACUGAAUCGGCUGCAGUACGACAGCAGUCAGAGUGGCUUCCGGUCGGAGGAUGAGGUGAUCCCAACCCUGGACAACCUGGAGGCACAGAAGCAGACAAAGCGGGUGAUCCAGUAUCUGGAGAACCGGGUGGAGAAGCUGCAGGACUUCCUGGAUGACCGGGACAAGUAUCUCAACCUCAGCAUGAAGUACAGCGAGUGGAAGAGGAAAGUCAAGUCUGUGGUGGACUGGGUCCUGGGGCCCCCGGAGAGAAGCUCCUUGCAACACAGACAGAUAUCGGAGACUCGUAUGAGACUGCAGAAGAUCUCAGGAAACGUCAUGAAGAGCUGCAGAUCAAAUGCACAGACACAUAUGGACAGUAUGCUGAGCUUCGUUAUGAGGCAGAGGAGAUGAUGCAGGAUGGAGGCUCCCUGAUGGCAGACAUCCGAGCACAGCGGGACUACAUGGACACUGUGUGUCGGAGUCUGGCCAGUCGGCUGGAGCGUGAGACGGGUCCUCCUCAUCACCUCCGUCAGGUUCCACCGACUUGCAGAGGAGUUUUCACGACGGUUGGACAACCUGUUGGAGCUGCUGUGUACUGAUGUAGUAGCUGAAGAUGUGGAGAGCGCAGAGGAGGCCCUCAAGAACCUCCAUGAACAG